AUGAUGGCACAGCCUGCGACUUUGGCAUCUGAGUAUUCGAAUGAGAUUCCUCUCCAACCAAUAGAGCACAGAUUCAACCCAUAUACUGGAAUUGCAGGAGAGGAUUUUGCUGUCCUAGCUGGCGACACUAGAAGUACGUCUGGUUACAGCAUAAAUACGCGUUAUGAGCCAAAAGUCUUCGAUGUUGGUAACAAUCUCCUGUUGACAGCCAAUGGAUUUGCAGCAGAUUCUGCCCAACUCAUAAAGGUCUUUAAGAACCAACUGGAAUGGUACCAUUUUGACCACAACAAGCCAAUGAGCACGCAGAGCGCAGCGAGAUUCAUACAACAUCUUCUUUACGGAAAACGGUUUUUUCCAUACUACGUUCACACGAUUUUGGGGGGACUGGAUGAAGAGGGCAAAGGUGCUAUUUACUCGUUCGACCCAGUUGGUUCCUACGAAAGAGAACAAUGUCGUGCGGGGGGAGCAGCUGCUUCCUUGAUUAUGCCAUUCCUGGACAACCAAGUCAAUUUCAAAAACCAGAUGGACCCUGCAAGUGAUGGCAAAAAACGGAAACCACUACGUUUCCUUUCACUAGAAGAAGUCAUACAGUUGGUGAGGGAUGCUUUCAGUUCGGCCACCGAAAGACAUAUACAGGUUGGUGAUGGGUUGGAAAUUUUGAUUGUGACUAAAGAUGGGGUGAGGACUGAGUAUUAUCCGCUGAAGAGAGAUUGA